UCUACUCCACUCGUCUUCUUUUCUUUGUUUAAUCGAUUAUCACACCAGUGUUUUAAUGUCACGUCGAGAAAGACGCUUACCAAAAUGGAGAUAUCACAUCAAUUCCGUUGGGACCAAGUCCUGAUUUUGGCAGCGGUACUUAUGUCACCUGCAAUCACGGUGCUGUGUAAUGACAUCCUGGGUCUGAAGGUGGCAGGAGAUCCGGUUCUGACCCCUAACUCUGUCUGCCUGCGGCUGGCGGGCCUGAGCAAGCGUCAGAUUCGUCUGUGUGUGCAAAGCCCCGACGUGACGGCCUCUGCACUGCAGGGCAUCCAGGUGGCCAUCCACGAGUGCCAGCACCAGCUCAGAGACCAGCGGUGGAACUGUUCUACUCUGGAGAGCCACAGCAAGCUGCCUCAUCAGAGUGCCAUCCUCAACAGAGGCUUCAGGGAGAGUGCCUUCUCUCUGUCCCUGCUGGCAGCAGGUGUGGCCCACUCCGUGGCUUCCGCCUGCAGCCUAGGCAAGCUCCAGGGCUGCGGCUGCGAGGCCAAGCGUCGCCUGGACGACGAUAAAAUUCGCCUCAAACUUACCCAGCUGCAGCUGCAGACCCUCCAGAGGGGAGGAGCCAGAGUGGGCAUGGGAGGGGGUGGGAGAGGAGGCGCACACCCCCAGGAGAUCAGAGAUGUGCCAGCCAGCCUGCGUUCUGGUUCUACCCACCCCUCCUCCCUCCUCAAGCCCCUGCCAGAGGACCUCAGCCCCCUGCAGGAGACCUGGGAGUGGGGGGGCUGUAGCCAUGACGCCCGCUUCGGGGAGAGAUUCUCCAGGGAUUGGUUGGACUCCCGGGGCUCCCCACGGGAUAUCCACGCCCGCAUGAGGAUACACAACAACAGGGUUGGCCGACAGCUAGUGACUGACAACAUGAAGAGGAAGUGUAAAUGCCACGGCACGUCAGGCAGCUGCCAGUUCAAGACCUGCUGGUACGUGUCCCCAGAGUUCAGGCUUCUGGGGUCUCUGCUCAGGGACAAGUUCCUCUCCGCCAUCUUCAUUAACUCCCAGAACAAGAACAACGGGAUGUUCAACCCCCGGGUCGCAGCCGGGAAUGGUGCCUCAACUGGGGUCAGGAACGGGGCCGGCGGGGGUACUGGGUCUGGGGGCGCGGGGGGCCCUAACAAUGGGGGUCGGCGGAGGAGCAGUGUGUCACGUGAGCUGGUCUACUUUGAGAAGUCGCCAGACUUCUGUGAGCGGGAGCCGUCCCUGGACUCUCUGGGUACUCAGGGCCGUAUCUGCAACAAGACCAGCCACAGCAUGGACAGCUGCGGGUCGUUGUGCUGCGGGAGAGGACACAACAUCCUGAAGCAGACACGCAGUGAGAGGUGCCACUGCCACUUCCACUGGUGCUGCUACGUGCUCUGUGAGGAGUGCAGAGUCACUGAGUGGGUCAACGUCUGCAAGUAGAUGGGUAGACGACCUGCCAAGACUCCUGUAAGGACCCAUCCAAUGGGACGCAGCAUGGCACAGGAUCCACCCAUUGACUCUCUGAUGUACUAUGCACAAACCCACACAACCAAACCUUUCAUUUGGUAUAUGGGUAGACGAUCCACUUCAUCUACUAAGGCCUGACACUUAGUUACUUACUCCUCUUCAUGCAUUGGGACGCAUGGGCAUCCAAAAGAGAGACACCGUUUCUAGUCAGCAGGUUACUUGGUUAGCGUUCCCCAGGCGAGGCCACACUCUUUCAUGUCCUUCUUAACAGUCCUUCUCCAGGUUUCUCCUGGACAUAUCCAGGACACAGGAUGGCAAAAUCAAAAUCCACCCUUUAACUCUGUCCAAUAUACACACAUCCACCCAACCAAACCUUUCAUUUCAGUCUUGGUGUUUGUUUUUCUAUUUGCGUCGGCUGAAGUCUCCCACAGAAUCUGUUUAUCCCCCACUUCUCUGUCCUUUUUCUUUUUCCGUCAUCUGGGAUCUAUUUUCCCUUUGUUGCCUGUCAAAAUGCCAAGUCAGAGGUUGAAGACGAGGUGACUCAUGUCAUUUGUCUGUCUUUCCCCUGCAUGUUUAGAUGCAGCCCUUUCAGCCAUAAAAAUCUGAAUGCCCUGGACCCCAUCUGCUGUUCUGUUCUGUUCUCCCCUGCUCUCUACUCAGAAACAAAGAACAUCUCAGACAGCAGGAACACAUUAUUAUUUAAACUAAGUAAUGCCCUGGCUACUAUCACAGUGUACAGUUUUUGUGUACAUGAAAAAUGUAUAUUAAUGUUUGUGUGUGAACUUAUUUUGCCUUCCUUGCUUGGCAUCUGCUGUGUGGGACUAGUUUAUGAGAGGAACAUAUGAGUCCCAAUGUGUUGUUCUGCUCAGGAUGGUGAAGUUGAACUGAAGCUGUUAUAGUCAACAAAGCCUGAACACAACAGUGAGACGCUGGAAAACAGACAUGCCAUGAGUUCUGAUAUGGAGUAUGGUAAUGAACUCCAGAGGACAAUUAUACUCAUUGGAUAUUUUGCACCUAUGCCUCAAGACUACAGGGUUUAAAUUCUUUAAUGCCGGUUCUCCAUUACGAACUAAGAACUAAGAACUAAUGAAACAGAACUAAAGAGAACCAGGCAUGAUGGUUCCUCAACGUUUUUCCAUUACCGAUGGAAUCAGAACUAGAGUAACUAGGAAUCUAGUGAGGACAGUUUGUUCUGCCCAUUGAUUUUCUUGGAUCUGGAGAAGGAAAUCCAUGUUUGAGUCUUGGUUGAAGCAAUUUACCAUUGAUUGAUGGAAUGCUGUCGAUCCCUCUCCAAACUGAACUGCAGGUAAUUUAGGUAAUGCCUUAGAAUUGUAACAAUCAUUACCACAAACUGUAUUAUUGCUGUUUCUUUUGUUUUGUGAUGAUGUUUUUUUAGUGAAUCGAUAGAAUUAUUAUGUCACAAAUAUGCCUCUACUUAUUGUUGCGGCCGGAAUUCUCUCAUUCCAUUGUGCGAGCAGAGGUUAGGUGUCUGCAUGCCUGAAACGUUUCAAUGCUGUUAAAUGUGUAGGAAAGAGUGUACAAGUGUACACUUCGGGAGAAAGGUAGAGAAUUGGGACGCAUUGGAGUCUAUCAAACCCAGACACCGACAUGCUCUAUUCUCAUGACCCGGAUGAAUGAUGCUGAGGUGAAGUGUGGUGGGGUUGGAGGAUUGGAGGUAUAGGGCAUAAGUCUAUAGGCCUGCUCUACACUCCACACAGGAGAGAAGUGGUGAGACUCAUUUUAUGGCCGCUUCCUUCAUGCAGAGAGAGGUGGUUUUUAUGGCAGCAGGAUAUUGUUUCCUGAAAGAAUGACUUUUAUUACUAGAAGAGAGAGGGGCGAUUAUAACAGUCAGUCUCUCUGUAUUGUGUGUGUGUGUGUGUGUGUGAGCCUGGGAUCAUCUGUCCAGGGUUCACAGCCAAGGGAGACUCACUGCACCAUGUGAUGCUGCUACUGAAGACACUGUGUCCCUCUCUGUCUAAGUCAGAGACAGACAAAGAGAGAGACAGGGCUCUUGGGUGAUUUACACACUAAUCCCACAUACCGUCCAGUGCCUGGCUAGAUUAAAGAUAAGUACAUUCUUAGAUCCACACAUAUGAGGGAUAUACUCACUUGAUGGGAUCCAGCUUGAUCUUUGGGCGAUCCAGCUUGUCUUAGGUCUUCAAUUAUCAAUAUUACUUUGUUAGUGUGAACAUGAGUCCACUGAUUGAAACACCCUUUUGGUAGACUAAAAGUGACUGUGUGACUGUCCCAAUAUCUGGAUCAAGCGCGCUCGCCCUGGUAUUUAGUGAGAGAAUAGCAGAGAGGGGGAGACUGAGAGGGACUGGUAUGGGAUUGGAAUGAUAAGGGAUAACUCGAUCUCUGGUUUGCAUUUCUUCAUUCCUUUAUCAUUUCACCCUGGAGCUGCUGCUGCUGCUGCGAAGGGGAAUUUCCUGUCACCGUUUCUCCCCAUGUGUGAGACAGAGGUUGGACAGCCCUGGAUCGCUUUGUCUUCCUCUAUUCUCCUCGUCUCUCUCUCACCCUCUCUGUGUGUCAGUCUCUCAGUCUCUAUCUCUCUCC